AUGCGUCCGAGCGGGCUGCUGCUGAGCGCCCUGGGGCUGCUGGCCCUCAGCGGGCGGGCCGGGGCGGCGGAGCCCCCGGGGGGGGCGGAGGCGGCCGGCCGCUGCCCGCCCCGCUGCGACCCGUCGCAGUGCCCGAGCCGCCGGUGCCCCGGCGGCUACGUGCUGGACGGCUGCGGCUGCUGCCUGGUGUGCUGGGGGGGCGAAGGGCAGGCCUGCGGGCGGGCGGCCGACCCGCCGUGCCCCGAGGGCCUGCAGUGCGGGCCCGCCCCCGGGCCUGGCCAGGGCUGGCCCCCGGUGGGCCGCUGCCACUGCCCGCGGGCCCGGCCCGUCUGUGCCACCGACGGCCGCACCUAUGCCAACGCCUGCCAGCUCAAGGCGCUCAGCCGCCAGGCCCUGCGCCUCGGCCACGCGGCCCUCCGCCAGCUGCACGACGGCCCGUGCCAACCGGGUGAGCAGCAGCUGAGCAGUCCGAGAUUCAAGUUCAACUUCAUCGCCGACGUAGUGGAGAAGAUCGCCCCGGCCGUGGCUCAUAUAGAGCUCUUCUUGAGGCAUCCGCUGUUUGGGCGGAACGUCCCCCUGUCGAGCGGGUCGGGGUUCAUCGUGUCGGAGUCGGGGCUGAUCGUGACCAACGCCCACGUGGUGACCAGCUCCAACGCCGCCUCGGGCCGGCAGCAGCUGAAGGUCCAGCUGCAGGACGGACACACCUACGAGGCGGCCAUCCAGCACAUCGACAAGAAGUCCGACAUCGCCACCCUCAAGAUCAACCCCAAGAAAAAGCUUCCGGUGUUGUUUCUGGGUCAUUCGUCUGACCUGCGGCCUGGAGAGUUUGUGGUGGCCAUCGGAAGCCCCUUUGCCUUACAGAACACGGUGACCACGGGAAUCGUCAGCACGGCCCAGAGAGACGGGAAGGAGCUCGGCCUGAAGGACUCGGAUAUGGACUACAUUCAGACGGACGCCAUCAUCAACUAUGGAAAUUCCGGAGGACCGCUGGUUAAUUUGGAUGGAGAAGUAAUUGGGAUAAACACUCUGAAAGUGACGGCUGGGAUUUCCUUUGCGAUUCCCUCAGACCGUAUUAGCCAGUUCCUCACGGAAUCGCACGACCAGCCAAAUAAAGAUGUGAAAAAACGGUUCAUUGGCAUAAGAAUGUGGACGAUCACUCCAAGUUUGGUGGAAGAACUGAAGCUUAAUAAUCCUGAUUUUCCUGAUGUCAGCAGUGGAAUUUAUGUGCAUGAAGUUGUUUCAGACUCACCCUCUGAGAGGGGUGGGAUCAAAGCCGGGGACAUCGUCGUCAAGGUGAACGGACGUCCUUUGAAGACUCCCAGCGACCUGCAGGAAGCAGUGAUGAAUGAGUCGCCGCUGUUGCUGGAAGUUCGAAGGGGAAACGACGACCUGCUCUUUAACAUUGCCCCCGAAGUGGUCAUGUAGUUCGACCGAACGAGGCCUUGCCCCUUCCCUCAACCCUCUGACAACGGGCCCUCAGACACCUCCUUUUUCAGCUAAUCCCAUCUCCUGUCGACUAACGAUACGGUGAACUAGCAAGUGCCUGAGCCAUUUCCGCCUGUAGAAGCUAAACGUAAACGCGGUAACGAGAUUCAAACGAAGGACCGGAUUUUGCCAUGGCUGGGACGUCCGAGACUCUCCCCGGAGCUGCUAGGGCAGCGUUCCCAGAAGCAGAAUAUGACCCGGUGGUUCUGAAUGUUUGCAUUAGAGUAUUUAAAAGUGAGCUAUAGCUAAAAAAUAGAAACACACAAUAUUUUUCUUAGAGAGAUGUAUCGGAGUGGAACUCUGGCCACGUCGUAUUCACUCACGUAAUUGCCCCACUUUCCCACGCGAUUUUGGUUUGAUUAAAGAUGGGUGGGGUGAGGAUGCAGAUCCUAUCAGACUUAAGUCUGUCCAUAAGCGGUGGAGGAAGAAAAAAUGCAAAGAAAGAUAAGAGGCCAUCUGAGAAUAGGUCUCUUCUAUUUCUCCCUCCCACGUGCUGCCUGCAAGAGGUUCAGUGAAUUACAGUAAUUUCCCCUCCCCUUUCUCUUCCUUUCCCAUUUAUAUUGUUGUAGGGUUCUGACCCUUCUCCCGCCGGCACACGUCACGGCCUGCGGAAUAACGCAGUGCUUAGCAAAGUGCUCCAUGCACACUAAGCACUAAAUAGAUACCCUUGAUGAU